GUAUGUGUUAGUGUUGAUGCGAUGGAAAGCUGGUUGGGAGUUGGAGGUGGUCGACGAGUUCGCUGGAAUCUGUCGCCAAGUGUGGUGCCGAGUGCACGUGCUCGUUUGUUCUCGAGAUAUAUAUGCGUUUGGUUUGUCAUAUUCGAGGAACUCUAGCAGCUACUGUGCUAUUUAAAUAAAACUUUCUCACUGACUCAAUACAACCAGAGAAUUUAAUAUACACCGGGUGAAUAUUACAUCGAGGAAAGGCUUGGUAUUUAAUUUAUAUAUAUACAUAUAUAUAUAUAGAUAUAUAUAUAGCAAAAGAGUACCAUUACCCAAGAAUACAUACACGUACACACAUAUUUGUGCGGUGUUGUGAGAGACCUCUGCGUGGAAAAGAUAUCUUUGUAUACCACCAUAUCUUUUGAUAUACCAAAAGCUUUCAAGUACCGAAACGAAAGGAGUAAUAUAAGUGUUUGUGGAAAACACGCACAACAGGAAACGAGAGAUCCGAAUUUAGUCGAUGUCUAAGACUAUUUAAAGGUCAAAACACCAGGAAGAAAAAGAUUGAAGUGAUAUAGAAAUGUCAUAUGAAACAAAAUAUAUAUUGGCCGCAUUGCCCAAAACACAAAGAGGGCAUCCUCUUGUAUUAGGUGGAGAUCCAAAAGGAAAAAAUUUCUUAUAUACCAAUGGUAAUAGCGUCAUUAUUAGAAAUAUUGAUAAUCCAGCAAUUGCUGAUAUUUAUACAGAACAUUCUUGUCCCGUUAACCUUGCCAAAUAUUCUCCAAGUGGUUUUUAUAUAGCAUCGGGUGAUCAAUCUGGGAAAGUACGUAUUUGGGACACAGUGAAUAAAGAACAUAUUUUAAAAAAUGAAUUUCAUCCAAUCGGCGGACCAAUUAAAGAUAUCGCUUGGUCACCUGACAGUCAACGUAUGGUUGUGGUUGGUGAAGGAAGAGAGAGAUUUGGACAUGUGUUUAUGGCAGACACUGGUACAUCCGUGGGCGAAAUAUCCGGUCAAAGUAAAUCAAUAAACUCGUGUGACUUCAGACCAACGAGACCAUUUAGAUUGAUUACCGGUAGCGAAGAUAAUACCAUUGCUAUUUUUGAAGGCCCACCAUUUAAAUUCAAAAUGACAAAACAAGAUCACUCUAGUUUUGUGCAAGCCGUACGUUAUUCCCCAAAUGGAAAUUUAUUUGCAUCCGCAGGCUUUAAUGGAAAAGUAUUUAUUUAUGAUGGAACAACAUCUAAUCUUGUUGGUGAAGUUGGCUCUCCUGCACAUCAAGGUGGUGUUUACGGGGUCGGCUGGAAACCAGAUGGCACUCAAUUAUUAACUGCGUCGGGAGAUAAAACGUGUAGAUUAUGGGACGUAGAAACUCGAUCAUUAAUUAGUGAAUUCAAUAUGGGAACUACGGUCGAUGAUCAACAAGUUAGUUGUUUAUGGCAAGGCGAUCACUUAUUAACUGUUUCUCUCAGUGGAUUUAUCAAUUAUUUGGACGUCAAUAAUCCUUCGAAGCCUCUAAGAAUAAUAAAGGGUCACAACAAGCCAAUUACCGUUUUAACGCUAAGUCCUGACAGAUCGAACAUUUACACGGGAUCUCACGAUGGUUAUAUAACUAGUUGGAACGCAGAAACUGGAGAAAAUGAUCGUGUUCGGGGAAAUGGUCAUGGAAAUCAAAUAAAUGGAAUGAAAGCUACGAAAAAUAUUUUAUACACUGCUGGCAUCGAUGAUACUUUAAGGUCUGUAGACAUAGAAAAUUGUGCAUAUUCGGAUAACUCUAUCAAAUUAGAUUCUCAACCACGAGGUUUGGACGUUUUCGAAGAUAAAGUUAUUGUCGCUUCUGUAAAACAGGUAAUAGUUACGCAAGAAGGCCGAAAAGUAUCAAGCAUACCAACCGAAUAUGAACCAUCGUGUGUGUCAAUUAAUCAAGAUAAUGCAAAUGUAGCUAUAGGAUCGGCAACAGACAAUAAAGUUUAUAUUUAUGAAUUAGUAGGAACAACGUUAACACAAAAGACUGAAGUAGUACAUUUAGGCCCAGUUACCGAUGUUGCAUACAGUCCUGACAAUAAGUAUUUAGUAGCCUGUGACGCUAAUCGAAAAGUUGUCCUUUAUACUGUUCCAGAAUAUAAGCCUGCUCACAACAGAGAAUGGGGCUUUCACAAUGCAAGAGUUAAUUGUGUUGCUUGGUCGCGCGAUUCAGAAAUGGUUGCUAGUGGAAGUUUAGACACUACAAUUAUUAUUUGGAGCGUAUCCAAUCCAGCCAAGCAUACAAUUAUUAAAAAUGCUCAUCCGCAAAGUCAAAUAACACGUUUAGUUUGGUUAGACGAAGAGACCUUGGUAUCGGUUGGUCAAGACUGUAAUACUAAAAUAUGGCGUAUAGAGAAAAUUUAAAUAUCUUUUAAAAAGGAAAACGAAACAAAACGAAAAAAUAUUAUACAACCCUUUUUUGAGAAAA